AUGCCCCCGCCCGCCACCCUCGCCCUCACCACGCUAGUCAGCCCAAAAGCCCGUCACCCCCCCCCCUGCCCGCCGACCAAGAAAACGCAAAGGCAUGGAGCCGUGACGCCAAGCAUCCCCCAGACCACCCCCAGCAUUAAGAGGGCCACGCGAGCAUCACGUCCCACCCACACAUCUAAGCAGCCAGAACGAAACACGCCGACACAGGACAGACAGCCGCAACAUGAUCAGGCCCGAGCGAACAAGAACCCCUGCCUAGCAACCCCGACGAGGCGACGACCCCAAACACACCACCCUCACCAAAAGAGCCGGCACCACGGACCGGAAGAUGAAGAAACACUGAACGUUAGCACGCAAGGGGUAAGGAGUCAUUCGGAGGGGCCCGAACAGGCCUACCAAGCACGGCCUCUGUCCCACCGAGAAGCACGGACCCCGCUGCUCCCGUCGCCCCCACCGAUCCACACACCUAACGCUCAGAGUCCAACACGAGCUCGCAAUCCCUACCCGAGGGAGCCACCAAAGACAGCCGCCUUGAAAAAGCAAGGCAACCGACCGGAAGUGUAA